CGAUGGUGGAUUUGGAAAGUGCCCGCGAUUGUGUUUAUUUCAUCGCCAACGUCUUCUUUGCGUUCUUAUGACGUCAGAUUUUGGAAAAUUGCAUUUAGCGUACCUUCUAGCGAAAAGUUGAUUGCAAUCCUCAAAGAUCAAAUAUAUGCAGAAUUACCAGUUUGGGAUUCCAACUUUGCUCCUGGAGGUAAAUAUCAAAAUUAUGCUCGUUUCUUCUCCCAGGGCUCUCUUGGUUUUAUGUCAGUAUUGGAACCGAUCCCAAAUUGGUUAUUGGGCAUUCUUGCUUCCAUGCUUGGAUCAAUGCUAAUAAGUUAUCUUCAUCGAAAUGACGCCAAAUCAACACAGCAACAG